GCAGCUUUCUUUUUCUUUUCUUUUUUUGUUUUUUUUUUUUUUUUUGUUUCUGUUUCCAUAACAUAUAUUUUCAUCACUAACCGAAAGCUAUAAUUAUUACCACUACCGCCACGCUUAAUAGUACCAUGGCCAUCAUCAUCCAUUACAUAUAGCCUUUCUUUUUCUUACAGCUUCAAACUCAAGAAAAGAAGAACCCCACUUUUACUCAUUACUCUCUCAUCAAAUUGUCACCACCCCACCCAAAUAAACAUAAUCAUUUACUUUAUUUCUUGUUACUCUUCUGAACACACGUCCUUUUCUCUUAUUCUUUUGCUGCUGCCUGGUGAUGGUGUUAAACCAUAAACUUUCACUCUAGCCUUUGUGAGAUCAGUCUCUUGAGUUUCUGAGGGACAAGAAAAAUACUUGAAAUUGGUUGCGGGGUUCUGAGUUCAUGAACAUGAAGUGUUUCUGGGUUGGCUUCCUUCUUUUCUGUGGCUUUUUCGUUGUUGGUUUUUGUGACCAAGAUGGUUUUUUGAGCAUAUCUUGUGGUGGAAAUACUAGUUAUAUUGAUUCAUCAAAAAUAUCUUGGGUCCCUGAUGGUGAAUAUGUAAGCACAGGCAACAUCACCACCGUUAAGAACAGUGGGGGUACCUCCACAUCCAAUGUCCCAAUCCGGUAUUUUCCCAAUACUCAAGGUCGCAAGUGUUACAAGUUACCAGUAAAUAAUGUGUCAUCCUUGGUUCUUGUAAGAGCCCGAUUUCUGUACCAAAACUAUGAUGGACUUGGGAAACCCCCUGCAUUCUCUGUUUCCCUUGGGAGAGCAAUUACUAGCACUAUAAAUCUCACUACUAAUGAUCCCUGGACAGAAGAGUUUUUAUGGUCAGAUAAUAAGGAAACACUGACAUUCUGCUUGCUUGCUAUACCGGACGGUGGAUCUCCUCUCAUUUCUUCACUUGAAGUAAGGCCACUUCCUCAAGGAGCCUAUGCAAGUGGCAUGGGAGAUUUCCCCAAUAAGUCACUUAGGAAGAGUUAUCGAAUCAAUUGUGGUUAUGCCAAUGGCUCAUUGAGGUAUCCUUUGGAUCCAUAUGAUCGUAUAUGGGACGCUGAUAAAAAUUUUACACCCUUUCAUGUGUCAACGGGGUUUAAGAUCCAACGUAACUUCAAUCUGUCUACUCUAAGGGAGAGUCCACCUGCUGCUGUUCUUGAAACUGCGAGAGUUCUGGCAAGAAAGGAAGUGCUGACAUACAACCUUGCUCUUGAUACACUAGCAGAUUACUACAUUGUCCUCUAUUUUGCUGGGAUUGUUCCUGUUUCACCUUCGUUCAAUUUAUUAAUCAAUGGAGAUGUUGUACAAUCAAACUAUACUGUAAAAAUGUCAGAGGUUAGUGCUCUAUACUUUACGAGGAAAGAGAUCAAGAGCUUGAACAUCACACUAAAGAGUAUCACUUACUACCCUCAAAUCAAUGCAAUUGAGGUGUAUCAGAUAGUUGAUAUUCCUUUGGAAGCUUCAUCAACCACAGUUUCAGCGCUUCAGGUUAUUCAGCAGUUCACUGGUUUAGAUCUGGGGUGGCAAGACGAUCCGUGCUCUCCUACUCAAUGGGAUCAUAUUGGUUGUGAAGGAAGCGUUGUUACAUCAUUGGAACUUUCAGACAUCAACCUUAGGACAAUUAGUCCUACUUUUGGUGACUUGUUGGAUCUCAAAACUCUGGAUUUGCAUAACACAUCGCUUACCGGUGUGAUACAGAAUUUUGGUAGCUUGCAAGACCUAGAGAAAUUGAACCUGAGUUUCAAUAAGCUAACAUCCUUUGGCUCAGAUUUGGAGAACUUGGUUAGCCUUAAAAUUCUGGACUUGCAAAAUAAUAGCUUACAGGGAAUUGUUCCGGACAGCUUGGGAAAUUUAGUGAACCUUCACUUAUUGAAUCUGGAGAAUAACAAGCUGCAGGGUGCCCUCCCGCAGUCUUUGAACAAAGAAAGUUUGGAAAUUAGAACAUCAGGAAAUUUAUGCCUUGGGUCCUCCACAAUGACAUGCAAUGAUGUUUCAUCCAACCCUUCAAUUGAGACACCACAAGUUACUAUUUUCACCAAAAAAAAGCAGAGUGGACAUAAUCAUAUAGCAAUUAUAGCUGGUGCAGUUGGUGGAGCAGUACUUGCUCUUAUCUUAUCUCUUGCAGUAUUCCUGUACAUAAAGAAAAAUAGAAGUGAAGUUACAUAUACAUCAAGGGCAGCAGCAGAGAUGCAAAACUGGAAUAUAGCAACUGAGAUGCGAAAAUGGAAUGCAGCAAAAGUCUUUUCCUACAAAGAAAUCAAAGCAGCUACGAACAACUUCAAGGAGGUUAUAGGCCGUGGUAGUUUUGGAUCUGUUUACCUUGGAAAGCUUCGAGAUGGAAAAUUAGUAGCCGUGAAAGUGAGGUUUGAUAAAAGCCAACUUGGGGCCGAUUCUUUUAUCAAUGAGGUCUAUCUAUUGUCACAAAUUCGUCAUCAAAAUCUUGUAUGUUUGGAAGGAUUCUGUCAUGAAUCAAAGCAGCAAAUACUAGUCUAUGAGUAUCUACCUGGGGGAUCAUUGGCUGAUCACCUUUAUGGUAUAAACAGUAAAAAGGCUUCGUUAAGUUGGGUUCGCAGACUGAAAAUUGCUGUUGAUGCUGCAAAAGGAUUGGACUAUUUACACAAUGGAAGUGAACCACGAAUCAUACACCGAGAUGUGAAGUGCAGUAAUAUCCUUUUGGACAUGGAAAUGAAUGCGAAGGUCUGUGACUUUGGCCUCUCUAAACAGAUAACCCAGGCAGAUGCAACUCAUGUGACAACUGUUGUCAAGGGCACUGCUGGCUAUCUAGAUCCUGAAUAUUAUUCUACCCAACAGUUGACCGAGAAAAGUGACGUCUACAGCUUUGGGGUUGUUCUUUUGGAGCUCAUUUGUGGUAGAGAACCAUUGAGCCACUCAGGAACUCCAGACUCAUUCAAUUUGGUCUUAUGGGCCAAGCCCUACUUACAAGCAGGUGCAUUUGAGAUAGUGGACGAGAGCUUAACAGGAACAUUUGAAGUAGAGAGCAUGAGAAAGGCAGCCUUCGUUGCUGUGAAGUCAGUGGAGAGAGAUGCAUCACAAAGGCCAACUAUUGCAGAGGUAUUGGCUGAGUUGAAAGAAGCCUAUAGCAUUCAGCUCUCCUAUCUAGCAUCUUUUGAGCAUGACAGCUGAUUACCAAUCAAUACAACUUACAAAAUAUUUAUCCUCAAACUAAGACUUUUAUUUAUUUUUUCUUUUCCUUUUCCUUUCCUUUUUGAGUAUGUAAAUAGAAUGAAGUCUUCUCAAAGUCAAAUCAAGCAGAAUUGCCUUGAAUGCCAAUAUUAAUAGAGAUGUAUUAAGGUUUACUAUUAGUUACUUUUUGACAAUGUUAAGAAGAGACUAUUUCACUGGUAAUAGCAGCAACGAAAACUUCUUUUUUUUCC